UCUCUAUAUAUAUCUCUCAAGUCUCAACGACCCCUCCCACUCCCGCCUUGCUCGUCCCCCUAUUUCCCUUUCUCUCUCAACCUCUAUCCCUGCUUCAUUCUCCCAAAGUCACUGAAGACCAACGUUGGAAGGCGCGGCGGUGAGGAGAUUAGUACCGAAGAUCAAGCAGGAGCCUGCAGAGACGACCACGAUCCGCAAACUAGUCCGCGUCUUCUGCGACGACCACGUCGGCAUGGACUCCUCCAGCCACCAUGGCUGCUGCCGGUGGCGGUGCUAGAGCGGAGGCAGGGCUGCGUAAGUUCCUCGUGGAGCAUCAGCCGUGCUGCAAUGCCACGGUGCCCAAGGGGAGUGUUGUCGACGGUGGCAAGAGGAAAGUGGCGGCGGCGGGCGUGCCGACGGAGCCGAGGUACAGGGACGCGCAGAGGAGACGGCCUAGGGGGCGGUACUCGGCGGAGAUCCGCGAUCAACAUAAGGGCGUGUGGCUGUGGCUAGGCACGUUCGACACUGCUGAGGAGGCGGCCAGGAGGUACGACAGUGAGGCGUGCCGACUCCGCGGGCCGUCGGAGAACACCAACUUCCUUGCGACGCUUGAUUAUCGUGUCCCGCUUCCGGCGCUGUCGCUGCACGCCUUGCUGCCAUGUGUAAGAACACUAGUAUGGAUCGGGGUUGAGCGCUACUCCCAGCACUCGAAGGGUAUCGUGGUGUUACACGACGAGUCCACCGCAAGCUAGAUGCAACUGGGCCCGAGUUCCUCCCCUCGUCCCCCUUCAUCAUUAUUCCUUACAUAAUACAUAACUCCUUCUAUCGACUCUGGACACCCCACACUAUGAUGUGGCCCUCUACAGCCCAUAGACUCGACUAUUGGGCCUCCUUAGUCGAGUUGUCUUUUCCACCACCGAGUCUUCAUCAGCCAUCCCCUUCUUGAUCCUCACAUUCUUCCCUCUUUUAGAAGAAGCUUAUCCCCAAGCCUCAUGGCCCGGGAAACAAAGCUUGAGAGAAUCGAGGUCCUCCUAGGUACGGUAGCAAGCUCUUCCGACCAUUGCGCCCACUUGAUCAGAAACUGGAGUUUGUCACCAGAUGGACUUGACAUCGCUGGGGGAUUUUUUUAGGUAUCUGUCAUUUUUCAGACAGCAAGGGUAAUUUGGUCCAACUGAUUAUUUGAAGCAGCUAGUAGGUGGAGUUUGUAAGCGAAUGUCUCCACUUUGGCUUAAAUAGGAAACUGACCAAAGUAUUUGAACGCUAAUUUGUGAUUAGCUCUUUUGACCAAAGAGGACUAAACAUAGGGUCGAAGUUUAAGGUACACCAUGUCACCCACAUCAAAGUUCAUGUCUGUACGAUGCUUUUUAGCUUACUGUUUUUGCGUUAUUUAGCCUUGCUAGUUGUUGUCGAACUAACUGGAGCAUAAGCUUUCUCUUAGCAAACCAUUCUUGGAGUGAGGGCAUAGAGCAAGCAUCCCGGAUGUUAAAUCUCAUGUAUCUCGGGGGUAGCCAUAGAGAACCUCAAAUGGAGUAAGUUUGAGAGAAGCAUGGUAACUUGUGUUAUACCAUAAUUCCGCCAGAGAUAGCCAACUUUUCCACUUGCUGGGACAAGCGUGAGCAAAACAGCGAAGGUGUGUUACUAAACAUUUAUUGACUCAUUCCAUUUGACCGUCGGAUUGCGGGUGGUAAGCAAUAGAGAGACGUAGUUCCACACCAACAAACUUGAACAGCUCUUUCCACAAGGCACUGGUAAAUAUUCAGUCACGAUCUAUGAUGAUGGCUUGUGGAAGGCCGAGAAGUUUAAACAUAUGGUCUAUGAACUGUCAAGCCAUUUUUGAAGCAGUGAACGGAUGGUGGAGGGUACAAAGUGAUUGUAUUUUGAGAACUUAUUGACAAUGACCAAAAUGCAACUGGAAUGGUGGGAAGUUGGGAUUCCUUCUAUGAAGUCCAUGGUUAUAACUUGCCAAGCUCCUUCCGGUAUAAGCAGCGGCUGCAGGAGUCUAGGGUACUUGACCCUUUUCGGUUUCGCUUAUUGGGGAAUCCUGAGUGGCCUCCAAUUGGCGUGUUGUGCAGGUUUGUUGAAUAUGACCCAAGGGAACUCAGAAGUUGCUGGCAGCAAGAUUUUGUUUUUGUACCAUAUGACACCUUCUCGGAGGGAGUAGUCGCCUGAAGGAGAGAGGACUGCCAGUUUCUGUAGGAUGUCGUGGUGUCUUCAUGAAGACUGUAGGAGUCUACAAUUUUGGAUAGCCAGGUCGGUUGUAAAGUACUAAGGGCCAUGAUAUGAUAUGAGGGUAGGCGCGAUAAGGCAUCAGCCACUUGGUUGUUGAGACCCUUUUGUAGUGGAUUUCAAACCUGAGGCCCAAAAUUUUAGUGAGUGCCUUCUAUUGCCAUGGGGUUGUAAGGCGUUGGUCAUCCAGAUGGACCAAACUACGUUGAUCUGUGCGAAUAAUAAAGUCAUUGCCCACUA